UUCUAGUGACAAAAGGCUUAUAUUUAUUAGGGCAGUAUAUCCCUGGAACAAUAUCAAGAGUGCUGCCACUGAUUACACAUUCUGAUUUAGUGGAUUUGAAUUUUAUCAUUAAAUAUCUCUUGAGAAAUUUUGGAAAUCUGCUAGUCUACUUCAGAAAUAGUUUGCCUGCAAUCUUUUAUUUUUGCAUAUUCUACCCUUAUUUGUGAGUGUGUGAAAAUGACAGUGAUUUGAGAAUUUAUUUUCUGCUGUUUGGGAUUUUUAGUUCUCUCUGACCUCCAUUUCAGCAGCAAGUGGCAGUUCAGGAGAUGGUUGUUCCACAUGAGUGAUUAGAAACAACAAGAUGUCAUGGUGGGCAUAUUUUUAGUGUUGUUAUUAGAUACAUACAAAGUCAGCUGAACAAAGAUUACUGGGAGUUUGGAAAGGAAACUGCUUAAAAGUUUAGUGCAAUGGCAAUAAAAAAUGCUUUGUUAUUAAAGUUUAAAAAUAAGGAAUUAGCAUCCACUUUUCAGUCUAAAAGAGAAAAGGCUCAAACAGUGAUAGAGAAGAGUUUUUGUGAGUUUUCUGGUUAAAUUUAGCCUUGCUUAAUUCCUAUAUUUUUGCUUCAGUAGAAGAUACUAUUUUUAUUGUGAAUUACUAAAGAAAUAUUUCUCACACUAACAAAAAAUUGGCAGACAUUAAAGUAUUUGAGAAGAAACCAUAGUUGAAAGGUAAACUGAGGCAUAAUAAAAUUUUAAAGAGUUUAUUUGUGCAAACAGUGAUUCAUGAAUUAGGCAGCUCCAAACCAGAAGUGAUUUGGGGGGCUCUGCAGACGGAAUACAAGGGGAAGGCUUAGGUAAGGUUAACAUGAAAGUAAAGCAAAGCAAAUAUUUGGUUGGUUACGGUUACAAGGUUUCCUUAUUUGGUCUGUCCUGCUAGAACGUCUCUAGUUACGUAAGUUAGUUGGUGGCUUCUGAUUGGCUAGCCUUAAGUUUCAUUUAUUUCUUAAUAUAGACAUUUACAGAAAAUAGACCAAAUUAAGUUUUGCUUAUGUUUAUAAAUGAAGCAAGAUCAGUAAAGUCACUUUUGGGGCCUAACUGGCUUUGUCUGCUCAGGGAUUCUUCAAGCCUUGUCUCCAUUUUAAAUUUACGUUAACACAUGAUAGAGGAAACCUAACUGGUUGAAGCUUUGAGGAAGUUUUCUGCCUAUAUAUAGGAUUUUAUCUGGACCUUCCACAUGGAUAAGAAUCUACUCCUUUUGAAAAUCUCUUACUGAAUUGCAUCUCAGAACUUAACCUUAGCAACAUAUUUCUAAGAUUUAGCUAUCACAAGCUGCUAAUAAAGUCAAAGUAGAUGAGACAUAAAGGAAACUGGAUAUAAGUCUUGUCAUUUAGCUAUAUUGUGUGCAAAUUAACAUCUCUGGAUCUUGUUUUAUAAAUAGAAAGGCUGGCAUCUCCCAUAAAAUGCCAUGGAGAGGCUUCAAUGACAAGACCUGGAACUUAAUAGAUAACUGGUAUUUUUUCUUCAUAUUGACAGGAAAAGUUUAUGGUCAUACAAUGAUAGAGCUGGAAGGCACCUUAGGAGUCUCAUCCCAUAUUCUUAUUUUGUAAAGUCAGCCUUGUAGCAGUGAUCAGUGAGUGAAUUAGAAGUCAGAGAACAUGGUCUGGGUAGGUAACUCUUACUCCUUUUGAGCGUCUGUUUCCUGUAACAUAUUUUUAAAAUCUCUUUUCCAAGUAAAAGUGCUUUUCUGACCUAUCCCACUUUUCCUCUCGGUUGAACCAACAUUUAUAAAGCACUAUGUGAUACGCUAUGCAAGGCACUGGGACCUUUUCGGUAGAUGACCUCAUUUUAUGCCUUUAGGAGAAAAUCGAGUCCCUGACUUACUCAACAUCUGUUUCAGCCUCCUAAUAUACUUUCCCAUAGUGCAAAGGCUAGAUAGCAGAAGAACUACAUUUCCAAGAGCCACUGCAGUAAGAAUUUUAGAUGUGCUUCAGAUUCCACCAGUCAGAUGCAUUUAUGUUAGCUUUGAAAUCAAGGUGGGUGAAAGAGUCAAGCGUGCGAAGCAUUUGUUUUACUGGUGUGAGUCUAGCGCAGAGGUUCUCAAACUUUAGCUGCACUAGAACCAUCUGGAAGGCUUAUUGUAACAAAGAUUGUUAGGUCCUAGCCUUAAAGUUUCUGAUUCUGUUGGUCUGAGGUGUAGCCUGAAGAGUUUACCUUUCUAACAAGUUUCAAGUACACCCUCUUUGAUGAUUUGACGGCAUGAGAAUUGUCUGGAAUUGGAGAAAUAUUCUCUCUCACAUCUAAAAGAAAUAAAGAAAUGCUUACAAGAGGAUCUUUCUCACUCAGAAUUUAUAUUAAAAUACCGCCACAUGAAUGUUUUUAAAUUUAUUUCAUGGCAUCUUCAAGUAUAGUUACUUGCCUAUGUCAUGAUCUUCAAGUCUACCAAGUGGCCCAGAAAAGUACAAAGUACUGCUGAGAGAUUCUCCAAAGAAAGGCAAAUAAUUAAAAGCAUUGAUUAGAAACAAAUGCACCAUCCAGCCUGGUUUUUUUUGUUUUGUUUUGGGUUUUUGUUUUUGUUUUUUUUUUUGGUGUUAGAGGUUUUUGUUUAAGUCAUUUGAAGGAGAGUGGACAUUGAGGGACAGAAUUACAAUGGCAAACCAUGAAGUGUGUGCUAGUGUUCAAAAGGUUUAGGAAUUCAAAAUAUUUUUUUGUUGUAAUUGGUUUUCUUUUUCUUUUAACUGAUUAAUUAGGUGGGGUGGCUGGGGAAAAAUCCCUGUUUGUUUUUUUUUAAUGUUACUCUUUUAAUUUUGUUUUCUCCCUACAGUGUUUUCAUUGUUUCAGAAAAUUUUAUUACAAGUUUAGAGUUUCUAUAUUGGUUUAACCUCAAAAUAAGUUUUAAUUUGUGAAGUAGUAAAAUACAGGUAGUUGUCAUUUCUUCAAUCAGAUUACAUUGUCUCAAAUUAGUUUCUGGAUUUUGUUGAUUUUGCAGCUCAACCUUUCAUUUUUCUUUUAAAAUUAUUCUACAGUGUCUACAUUUAUUUUUUUCUUUUCAGUAUUUCAAACUGAUGAUCAUUUUGGCAAAUCCACUCAUGCAUUCAUUCAAAGUGUAUUUAUGGUGUGCCUGCCAUGUGCUAGAAGCUGCCAGGCUCUGAGGAAAUGAUGGAAUUACCCAGCCUGCCUCUGCUACUAGAUGAAUGGAAAACUCAGUGAUUUGAACUACGUGCCAACAAGAAAUUGUCCUUGGUUUCUGUGCUUGCAGCAUUCCUCAAAUUCCUUUCACAUCUUCUCUUACUAUAAGAACUGCAUCUAAGUUAAAAAAAAAAUGAAGCAGCUGAAGAGAAAAAGGAAAAGCAAUUUUAGCGUUCAAGAGACUCAGACCCUUUUGAAAGAAAUUACGAAAAGGAAAGAAGUCAUUUUUUCCAAGCAGCUCAACACAACAAUUAACGUGAUGAAACGAAUGGCUUGGGAGGAGAUUGCACAGUGUGUGAAUGCCGUAGGAGAAGGAGAGCAGAGGACAGGGACGGAAGUGAAAAGAAGGUACCUUGACUGGAGAGCACUUAUGAAGAGAAAGAGGAUGAAGGCCAACAUUAAGUUAGUUGGUUCCGGCUUUCCCCUGCCCUCCUCUGAUUUAGAUGACUCUCUCACUGAAGAGAUAGAUGAAAAGAUAGGGUUCCGAAACGAUGCAAAUUUUGACUGGCAAAAUGUGGCCGAUUUCAGGGAUGCAGGUGGAUCCUUAACCGAGGUCAAAGUAGAAGAGGAAGAAAGGGAUCCCCAGAGUCCUGAAUUUGAGAUUGAGGAGGAAGAAGAAAUGUUGUCAUCAGUCAUACCAGAUUCCAGGAGGGAAAAUGAACUUCCAGAUUUUCCCCACAUUGAUGAGUUUUUUACUCUUAACUCAACACCAUCUAGAUCUGCCUAUGAUGAACCCCAUUUGCUUGUCAACAUAGAGAAACAGAAACUAGAGUUGGAAAAACGACGCCUGGAUAUCGAGGCUGAAAGACUGCAGGUAGAAAAGGAACGCCUGCAGAUUGAGAAGGAGAGGCUGCGGCAUUUAGACAUGGAGCAUGAGCGGCUUCAGCUGGAGAAGGAGCGGCUGCAGAUUGAAAGAGAGAAGCUGAGGUUACAGAUAGUGAAUUCAGAAAAACCAUCUUUGGAAAACGAACUUGGUCAAGGGGAAAAGUCCCUGCUUCAACCACAGGACAUAGAAACCGAGAAGUUAAAACUUGAGCGAGAACGCUUGCAACUGGAAAAAGAUAGGCUGCAGUUUUUGAAGUUUGAAUCUGAGAAGCUACAGAUUGAAAAGGAACGUUUGCAAGUAGAGAAAGAAAGACUUCGAAUUCAGAAGGAAGGACACUUGCAGUGAUUUUUCUAGGGCUCCAUUUAGCAAAUAUUUGCAAACUGUAGGUUUUUCUUAUACCAGGUGAUAUGAAAAUGGUUGCUGGAUUAGCUGUAGUUUUUAUUUUCUUGUCUAAUAUCAGUGUUUUCAAUAAGGAAAAGUUACAUGUGGGUAGCUGUAUGCUUAAGUAGCGUAUCAUAUAAAAACUCUGUGCCCUAGCAAAAACAGUAUAGCAGGAACUUGUGCUGGACUCUUUCUAUUGGUAAUAUUACAUAGAGUGUUGUAUAGUCUGUGCACCCAGGGUUUACAAUGAUGCCUAUAUAAAAUUCUAGCCCAGAGGUUCUCAACCAGGGGUGAUUUUGGCCUCCAGAAGACAUUUGGGAAUGUCGGGAGACAUUUUUCGUUGUCAAAACUGGGGUUAGGGGACAAGUUGCUACUAGCAUUUAGUGUGUAAAGGCCAGGGAUGCUGCUAAAUAUCCUUUGAUGCACAGGACACCCCCUCCCCCCACCCCAGACACACAAUGUAAAGAAUUAUCCAACCCAAAAUGUCUCAUUAGUGCUGAGGUUGAGAAUACCUAUCCUAGCCUAACUGUGCACCUCUAUAGCUGUGUUUUAUAGUCUUAGAAUAUUAAAACCUCAUAUACUUAUGUGAGUAGGUACUUAAAUGGCCAAAAACUUUAACUAUUAAAUAUUACUAUGUAGUAUAUUGAAUAUAGGAAGUAAUGAGAAUAUAGGAAGUAAUGAGAUUAUAGGUAUUUUAUUCCCAUCUUUCCAUCUAUGAAUAGCCUUCCGAGAUUCAGAAAACAAUAUAGGGAACAUCAGAGAGUUUCUAAAAUAGGUCAUUCAUCUAGCUACUGAUGCUUCAAAAGCAAGACACAAUUGUGAAGCUUUAGUUCCUUUUCUUUGAAUUAUUGUUUUAGUUUGGAUAUAAAAAUUGUGAUUUCAGCCAUGUCUUGAAAUCUUUUGUUAGUGAAUGGUUGAAGCUAGUAAAAAUGGUACCAAUAUAAAAAUGGUACCAGUAGUCUAUGAGCUUGAACCCAGUGAGCGGUUGUUUGACUUUUAAAAUAAAUAAUAGCAGCUAUUUGGGAGUAGGGGGUGGGGGAGAAUGUUCUCUGUAUCAAAUAAUAAUUAUAAUGUUGAAAUAAAGCUAGUAACUGUGUUAUGGAGUGGGGGAAGAAGCACUGGUCACACGCUAUCUGACCUAAUCUGUAGGAUAAUUCUUGAAAGUAGUAUCUAUUAUUCUUGGAUCUGAAGCUCAGAGAGGUCACAUAAUGAGUAAAUGGCUGAUCUCCUCUCCCUGAGGAGCGAAGUAUGUAUCUUUAGUCUCUCUGGUAUUUAUUCUGAGCCCAAUGGCUUGCUUAACCUAGUUUUUUUCAGUUCCCUGAAGGUGCUUUUUCCACAAUCCAAGUGAUUCUGAUGCCCACUCAAGUUGAGAAUCACUGCACAAGAUCACUUUGUUUUCUGAUUUCCAGGGCUAAUAUGUAGCUUUAAUACAUCUCUUCUGUUGACUAAUACUAUCUUGAUUCUGCAUUUGUUCCUUGUUAAUUUAAGAAUGGCUUGAAACCGUAUGUUGACAUUGAGUAUGGGUAUGCAAGGAAAAAAUACACUUCUGCCAACUUACCCUGACUAAAAUAGUUAUUUUUCUACAUCUGAAAUAAAUGCUUCUACCUUAGAAAUAAA